UUUUUCUUGCAGAGGAAUGUGAAGGACGAUAAUAACCUUGUAUCUCUUCCUCGUUACGUUAAGCAUAGAACCGAGGCUAUUUUGGUAAUCCUGGAAACAGUAUCGAACUCUUCUGCUUCCGUUCUCGCUCUCUUUCUCGAUAUCCAUUUCUCGUCUCUUCGGACAAAUCUAUAAGAAGAUGGAGAGUGGAGGGCAGUAUGAAAAUGGAAGGUACAAACCCGAUUACUACAAAGGCGCACACUCUAUGUGGAACCUGAUGCCACAGCAUCAGAUAAAGGAGCAACACAAUGCGCUGGUGAUGAAUAAGAAGAUCAUGUCCAUCCUGGCCGAGAGGGAUGCAGCGAUACAUGAAAGGAAUGAAGCCAUAUCUGCAAAGGGGGAAGCUCUAGCUGCUAGAGAUGAUGCCCUUCAGCAACGAGACAAAGCUCUUUCCGAGAGGGAUAACGCCUUGAUGCAGAGAGACAAUGCCUUGGCUGCGCUUCAGUACGGGGAAAACCAUUUGCCCAGUUCUCGGAAUGGCAUGGCUGAGGAGGCUGUGCGUGCCGGGGAAACCCACAUACCUGAAGCCUUUCCUAUAUCGACUGAAACAGCAAACACGAAGAAGAGCAAAAGGAAGAAGGAGAAAAAGCCGCCAGUUCAGUCAAAGGAUCUGAACCUCCGAGCUGGAAAGAAAUGCAGAACAGACUGGGAAAGUACCGAUGUGGGUUUGAACCUAAUCACCUUCGAAGAGACGACUAUGCCAGUACCGAUAUGCACGUGCACGGGAUCGGCCCAUCAGUGUUACAAAUGGGGAAACGGAGGGUGGCAGUCUUCUUGCUGCACAACCACAUUGUCGCAGUAUCCGCUUCCACAGAUGCCGAACAAGAGGCAUUCCCGAAUGGGUGGACGGAAGAUGAGCGGAAGCGUUUUCACGAGACUACUCAGCCGUUUGGCAGCUGAAGGGCACGAUCUCUCUUGCCCCGUCGAUCUCAAGUACUACUGGGCCAGGCACGGUACUAAUCGCUACAUCACCAUCAAGUAAUGUUCGUUCUCUCUUUCUUUCUCCAAAGCUUUGCUUCCUGAUUUUAAGAUUACGGUAUUAAGUAGUGGUCAGAAUGAAUAUGGAAUUGAAAGAAUGAAAGCUGAAGCUUAUGUGUUAAGGUUGCUGUCAUCUUGUCAAUAUGUCUUUGUAAGAGGUAAAACCCAAAUUGUUAUAAUCUUUUGGUCGGAAUUCACUCUGAUAAUGGCUCAA